GCUUCUAUCCAUUUAAUGGGUUUUCAGGCUGGCAGUGAAGGGGAGUUGUGCCCAUCGGCUAAUAGCAUUGGCUUUUCAUGCAGUACCAGUACUCUGGCAUCCUCUGUCAUUGAAGUUGAAUCUGGCCGUGAUGAUCUGGCUUUAUGUCAGGAUGAGGAUGACAUGACCCCACUCCCUCUACCACCAACACUGUCCAUUACUGAGGAAAUCAUGCAGUUCAUUAAUGAGAGCCGUGCUCGGCAAGGCAUGGCUGAGUUUACAUCUGAAGUGUUGACUCCAGAGACCCUGGAAGGCCAGUCAUUGGAGGCACAGCAGUUAGAUGAGUCCAAACCACUAAUAGCUGAGGUGGAUGGAAAUAAGCAUCAGACCAACGAUGCCAAAAGAUCUGAAGCAGAAGAAACUCUGGUGGAUGUGUCAGACAAAGACAAGGAGAGCCAUCCAUUAUGUGAAGCAAAUGUUGCUCAACCAGAGCUUGAGGAAGCAUCAUCACUAUUACAGACCUCCAAAGAAGUGAAUCAAUCAGGAGAGUUGACAUUACCAGAGCCUAGUCAUAGUGAAUCAUCCAACCCAGAAAUGAUGAAGGUCACAGAUGAAAAGGGCGGAAAAGGUCCUGAAGACUCUGCUAGUAAAAGUGAAGAAAGUGAGGCUAAGUCAGCUUGUGCUCACAUUGCUACUAAAUUAAAAGCAACUGACAGCUCUCUUGUCCCCAAAGUAGAACCUGAGCAAAAACUAACCAAAAGUGACAAGCAGAUUAUUGAGAAGAUACGCAGCUAUUAUGAAGCAGCAGAGGCAGGUGUUGAGGAGGGUCAGACAGCACGAAGAAACAGCUUCUCUCGUAUUCCUGCAGGAUUAGUGAAGGAUUCGGUGUCUCGAUUUAGUGUUUGUGUUCACCAAGACAGUCUAACUGAGUCUGAGAGUAGCCACUCAGGCUGUGCUGAAUCUGACGCGCCAUCUUCAUUACUCCCAACACCAGACCAAUCUGACCAGAAUUUCAACCAUGAGGAAUCUUCUGAUAAAGCCAUUCCUCUUUCACAUUCAGAUAUAUUCCAAGAACGAAAAGAAUUAUUAAACAGCAAGAAUGCAGAUAAAAAAGAAAAAGACAUCUGUGAGUUCGAUCCCUGUAUGAAAUUGUGGAAAGAGAAAGAAAGAACUGGCCAAGACUUUAUAAAUAGUCAGAAAGUUCCUUUCUCAAAAGAGAAGAGCUGUGGUGAACAUACAGAUGCUCCUGAGAAAAACACGUCAUCUCUAAAUUGCACAACAACCCAGAUGCAGCGUAAAUAUGAGCAUUCACAAUGCGAUCCUGACACUUCAGACACAUCUAAUCCACAGACGACAGAGACUGCGGAUACAUCUCUUAAGUAUGGAAGUAGAACAAGAGUUAGGAUGUCCUCUAAUGGAAACCUGGAUAGCAUUCCCAGUCAGAUUAAAGGUGGCCGAUGGUCUCGUCAUGACAGGGAGGUAACGUGUACCCGUACACUUUAUGAAGGAAUGGAAGAGGUACCAGAUUUAGGAAUUUUUGAGGGUGGACCAGUCAAUCAAUGCUUGGUAGAAAACUCUGAAAAGAUUCUUAAUAAAGUACAAAUGCUUGCACGCAUGUACACAGCGAAAGCAAGCAGCAUGAAGGUACCACUACACCAGAAGAAAACACGAGUGAGUAGAGGAGAAUGUUCAGUAGAGGGAAAAUACAGCAUUUCACCCAAGUCUCGGCAAGUACAGCUGCACCAGGGGGAUAUAAGAAUACUAAAUCAGCCCACAGAAGAGUUUUCAGUAUCAACACCCACUGAGCCUUUUGGUCACAUCAUUUUAAGGGAGAAGCUAUCUACAACAUAUCACCAAGAAAAUUAUUGUAAUCUCAUUGGACCCCCAGAUGAGAUCUCAACAAAUGGAUCUAAUUCACUUCAUUUUUCAUGUGCUGAAUCGUUGGCUACUUCAUUAACAACCGUUAUGGAAUCACAGGUCUCUGUAAUAUCAGACCAUAGAAAAAGCUCCUUAGGAAAAUGUCAGUCUAAAAGACAAGAGGGAGAUCAAUCCUUGUCACUUUCAACUUCCUCAGAAACUCAAGUCCAAACUGAGCCAGAAAUACUAUCCAAAUUAGACAGAUUUUCAUUGGACAAGCAUGCUGACAUUAUACUGCAGUCUGUUCAGGACAACCAUUCAUAUGCUGUGGACAAAUCCAUUGCAAUAAAUGGGACUAAAGAAGGAAAGACAUUGCAAGAAGAGAACCAUGCUUUUGUGAGCAAUUCUGGUCAUAGUAGUGAACUUUUUAUUGAACCACUAUUCAUUAAACAUUUAGAAGAAGAGACUCGAAGUGUAGAGGAGAAAAGGGACUUAAUUGCACAGCACUGUGAAAGCAUAUUGUCCAUUGAUGAUAAACGAGAUGAAAUACAUUUGAAUUCCAAGCCGGCCCAUGCAGAUACUGAAGCCACUAGCAUGGAGGAAAUAACACCUGUAGUGUCCUCUGUUAGUGAAGUAGGUGAAUGUCCCCCAUUACAGUCAGCAGUCUCCACUAAAAACUGUGCUAUAAACACUGUUGUCAUCUCUGAAGGAUCAGAAUAUUCAUACCCUUUAACCCAGUUGCAAGAAGAUGCAACUAGCCGUACACAACUGACGCCAUGUGGCAAGUGUAGUCCACUGGAUGUUCAAUCCAAAAAGGACCUGAGCGAUAAUUCAAAGACUUUGAGCCCACCCUCUACACCACCGGUUGGCGGACCUACUUUGGAUGAGCUUCCAAGGUUUACUAGCCAAAGACCUUCCAAUCUACCUUCUGCCACAGGAAAGAGAACUCCCUUCACCAAUUGGAAUCCAUCAUCUCCAGCCACUCAAAGAGUGCCACAUACUUCACUGCGGACCGAGGAAAAGAUUCAAGAAACUUCCGCUUCUGGCCUUUCUCCUCACAGACAAUCUUUCUCCCAGGCCCUUAAUGACAAUCCUUCAAACAUUCCUUUGAGUGGUGGACCUCCAUUAGAUUCGAAACCACCGUCUGACUUUAGCCCAAACUUGCGAAUGCGAUCACCCUCUCCACAUAGAAGUGCCCAGAACUCCAGACUGUCCUCAACGGCCUCAGCUCUUACAAAGUCUAUUGCUGCCUCUUGUAUUAGUCAGACAAUUUCUCAAACAAUGGCCAAGAGAGGUGCACAUCUUCAGACUGCUUCCCCACCUGUGAGCUCUUCUCCUCUGCCCACAUCUUCUUUAAGGCUAAGGUCACCAUCACCUAAACCCAUCACUUUGGACUUAAGUGCGGAGUCAGGUUUUAGGAGUACAUCCAGCACUGGGGUAGGGAGUCAACCCCUAAGGUCUUGUCCAUCCCCAUUCAGAUCAAACAGUCUUCGAUCUAGUCCAUCAACAGUUCAGUCCCCUCCUUCCUACCGUAGUCAACAGUCAAUAUCCUGUGCAUCUCCAGUUAGCCUCCGUUCAGCUCCAUCUGCUGAAAGCCCAAACUCUGCUGCUCAUGAACAGCCUUCUUACACCAGUUUAAAUGAUAAUGAUAAUGAUAAUAAUAACAAUAACAACAGUUUAAGUAAUAACGGGAGGGCAACUAAUAACAAAAAAGCAUCCCACUCAAAUGUGGAUGGACUCCCUCAUUUCCAUGAUCCUCAAAGAACAACCUUGCGCAAUAGGGUGGCUUGUCCCUUUCCAUUAUCUGAGCCUAGCUCUCGUGUACAGUCCCCUUCUGUUAGCCCAUCUUUUCUCACCCAAAUCUGCUCCCCUCCACCUGCUCCAAACCACUCCAGUCAUCUGGUAGCAAAGCCACCAAAUCCCAGAAUCCCCAGACAAGGUGGCUCUUUUACCCCUCUGUCUUUGGAAAUCUCAAGAUCAACAUCAGCUUGCUCCUUAUCUCCCAGUGAGAGCCCCAGAAUCACCUCUCCACCUCCUAUUGGCAUUCCUGCAAAUUUAUGGGGUGUUGCUAAUCCGCAGCCAAGGGAUCCUUCAAUACCAAAUGCAUCUUCUCCAACAAAAGUAGAAACAAACUUUACACUAAGAGGCCCCAGAAUCAUCUCUCCUACCCCAAUGGGAAUGUCUUCAUGUUCAGCAACCAGCUUGCAGAGCCAGAGGAGGCUUCGAGGAACCAGUUUGUCCUCUGUUGCUCUAGGGGAUAGAUCACCCAGUCCAACUAGACAUGAACGCAGAUCUUGGGCAGAAAGUGGACGAUGGUCAGUGGGUUCAGAAUUGGGGAUAAUAAGUCCUCGUGGAGGUUCAUACAGUGGCAGUCCAUCUUCUAUAAGCCCUGGCCCUCUUUCACCUGUCAGACUAACAACUGAAAGGACCAGUCAUAGUGGAAAACAUUUCACAAGCAUUGCCUGGCCAGAUGUACAUGAUAUGUUGACAAAAUACAACACCAAGCCCAAGAAUGAAUCUGAUGCUUUGUCCUGCACUGAGACAGAGCAAGAUGACAUGGAGGUUGCAGAAUCUACUUGUCGGAGCACCCUGAUCUGUCCCUAUGUCGCUCCUGCUAACCCAGUUAUGAGAGACAGUCCUAUUCAGUGCCCAACCGAGGACAAAACAGAAGACCGUGUUACUAAUCAAGGGUCCAAAACAACAUUAAAAACCAGCUAUGCCACCACAGUUAACUUGCAGAUUGCCGGGAGUGGGAGGAUAGCAUCCUUUAGCAAUGCACAAGUCAGCCUGACUCAGACACUGUCCCCUGUGGCAGACAGCCAGAGCAGGAGAAGGGUCAGCAUCAAUAGUUGCAACUUCUCAAUGCAGAACUGCAAAAGGCUUUGAAUGGUGUGCUCCUGAGGUCUAGUAUGGUGCCUCAUUCUUCAAAGACACUUUAUCUGGCACUUUAGGAUAUAACAGAGGAAUCAGCUUAGAGAUCCAAAUCCACUCCAUUUAGAUGGGAAAAAAAUAUAUAAUGGACUAUAAAAUACGGGUGUCAGGCAGUUGAUGCUAUGGUCAUUGUGUAUGUUUUGUUUUUUUGUUUUUUUAACCCUCAACCCUACUUCCUGGUCAAGAUAUAGUAAAACAUCAAUGAAAGUCUGGUUUGUUAUAUUUGACAGUGUUUAUUUUAUUGCAUCUAAUAUGCAAAUUUUAUAAUAUGUAAUUGAACUAAAGCUUAUUUCAUUGAAGGCUUUCAGUUGGCUGUGAUAUAUAAAGAAAUUAUUUAUGAAGUAGUUGGUUUCUGGCACUUAACUCAUUUCUUUGUUUUGCACAUUUUUCUCUAAUGUGGUCCAGAAUGGUCUGGAAAUAGUGUGUUUCAGACAAAAUAUUCACAUUUUUUAAAGAUACAUUUUUAUUGCCAGUGUUCUAUACAAAUUUGGUUAAUAAUACAGUACAUUUGAAAACAUGGGAACAUAAAUCGCUGCUUUGAUUGAUGUAAAUACAAACAUCAAAACAUCUGAUAUUUUGCAUUGAUGAAAAUGUUUGCUGUACACCAUGAAAAAGCAUUACAUCAUUCCUCAAGAAAAGUAUUUUGGUGCAGACUAAGAUAAGGUAAUGGUAAUCAAAAGGACUCUUGAUGUUGGAUCUGAAUUUUUAGUGUAUUUUUAAUGUAAUGCAUUGUUGAUUUCUUAAGGUGCUUGUCACAUAAUACAUAAGCCAAUUAAACAUCUCAGAUUUGUUUAAGGGCUUGCUCCACACCAUGCCUGAUAGAAAUGGUGCUUAGAAAAUAAAUGUUCUUACCUGCUCUUUGUACUUACCGUCAAAAAAUUCCAUGAUGGUCACACUGUAUGGAAAAUGUGCUCGCUGUUAUUUGUACCUAAAUAAAACCUGCAUAGUGUAA